GCCCAUGCUGAAAAAGAAGAAGACUACUGGGACUCUGUAAUCUGGAGUGAUUAGACCAAGAUAAAUGUUUUUGGAACUGAUGGCCUCAAAACUGUAUGGCAUCGCAAAAUUGAGGUGUACAAAGAAAAAUGCAUGGUGCCUACAGUGAAACAUGGUGGUGUCCUUCUGUGGGGCUGCAUGAGUGCUGCUGGUGCCGGGGAACUGCAUUUCAUUGAUGAUCAUGAAUUUACACAGAUGUACUGCUCUAUAUUGAAAGAGAAGUUUUCCAACAUGACAAUGAUCCAAAACACACAUCUAAGGCCACUGUAGGCAUUUCUGA